AUACUGGUUUCUCAACUAAAACUAACGAUUAAUUUCGACUUCAUGUGAGCUUCAAAUAUAGCUAGUGUGGUUGCAUUCUAGAUGUUGUUGAUGAUGAUGGCUGAACUGGCAAAACGACUAGUUUAGCUAGCUGGCGUGCGUUUAAAACCUAUAACUUGAUACCAGUUCAUAUUUCACCGCUGUGUUGGAAAUGGCUAGGAUGUAGAUCUUAGCUGUAGACUUGUGGUAGUUGCAUUUGUUGUUAUAUUAUGCGCCUUGUGGCUGGGUACAGUAGCUUGCAUAAUUAUUACUGGUAAAGCUAGCCUCUUUGGCCAGGACGCUAGUCAGCAGUCCUCCUAGCGUACUUAGAUUUGCUUAGCAAGCUAGCUUUUGCUAGCUAUCUAACUAGCUUAACAGAAAGGUAAAAUCUCUUACCUCUUCUAACAUUCGCUCCGCUAUCACCAAAUACGCUCAUGAACGCAUUUCAGGGACCAAACGCCCUAUUAAAUCCACGCGUAUAAGUUUAGAAAACAAUCCAUGUCAGCACACUGUAGAGGGGAAACUCUUCAAGAGUCAAACUAAACUUUUCCCUUUGUGUCUCCCUUUCCGUUUUUUCCUGUGCUGUUUGUGUCAUUCAAGAAGGGUAAAGCCAGCCUCAAUAAGGAAUCCAUGUUCCGGCUGAUUUCUUUCAAAAUAAAGGUCUCGAGACAAAUUUUACUUCUUUUUUUUUACCAUGGCAAUCUUUCCCCAAAAUCAUUGUUACUGUAUAUUGAGGGGUCUAGUGUUGAGUAACAGGAGUAAGUUUCAUGCAUGUGACACUUUCCUAAUCAACGUUAGCAUGGGGUGCAUUUUGUGGCAAGACAUAUCAAGACGAAAUCUUUCACUUUUUGAGUGAUUUGUGCGCGCGCUCCCGCGAGGGGGUGCUUUUCAGGGCGGGGUGUAUCUGGGGGCACAAUACCGGUAAUGCUAUUGAGGACUAUUGAGGCCAGUUUCACAGUACUGUCUACAAUACUAGCAGUGGCCCGACUACAGUCUGUGAACUAUGAAGUAAUGCUUGGAAUCAAUACAGUGAACUAGAGCUUCCGGUUCCGACCAUGUUGUGUAGUUGAACCAAUCAAAAACUAUCUUUAACCGAGCAUCCUCAGGAGGUGUUAUUAUUUUCUGAAAUUCCUAUUUUAUAACUUAUUGCUAUUUCUCACCUCUUGCCUUUUUUUAAGUUAAGAAAAUGCCACAUGCUGGAUGGUGAAACGCUUGUUACGAAAGGGGAAUGUAAUAAGUAUGAUUAUUAAUAUAACGAGGUUUGGACCAUACAAAUUACAGGAGUUUCCCGGGAGAAAUAACAAAACCGGAGGGGGGCGGGAGAUGGGUGUGAAAUACGGGAAACUCCCUGGAAAAACGGGAGUUUUGACAGGUAUGUUUUAAACCCAAGAACAUGUCUUUCUAAUGGCUGGGGCAGACGUUAUCCACUAGAUGUCAGUAAAUUACGAUACAAGCCGAUGUCAGGCAGAUAGCCUAGAGUAGACAAAGCCUAGGCUGUACUUGAAAUACUUGGACACAUGCUUCAUGUUGACAGGCUAGCCUACUUUAAAAUAGGUGUUUAGCUAUUUCCUCUUUCUUUCCUUUUCCUCUCUCAAAUAUUUCCCCUCGAGAUUGAGGCGAGAUUGUACCCAUUUUAUUUAUUUUGUGGCAGUUUUCCCCACACCACGAUUUAAUAAGACGUCAAAUAAAAUGUAGGCCUAUACCUAUACCUUAUUGUGGAAUGUGCAUCUUCGCACACAAAACCUGCAUGCGCACACAUCCGACAGGUGGCAGAGUAGUAUCGCCUAUGGAUUGGCCGUUGAGUCCAAAUAGGCGGAGUCAUUUUUUGCCGACACAUAGCUGGAGCUUUGUCAUGAGAGAUGGGCACCGCUCCUUAGCAACGGCCUGUCUGCAAUGCAAGUGGUUUACUUGCCUUGCUUAUAUGAAUAUUUGUUGAAAACCAACCAACGCACCUAACUUUACUUUAAAAGGCUACUUGCAGAAAGACUUGGGAAUUAGAGACGCGGAUUAGUUAGAAGGAUUUUUUUCAGUGGAUCUGAGGGCACAAGAGGCGCACAAUCCAUGAGUGUAUUGGACACAAUACAGCGGGACGCAUUGCAAAGACCUGUGGUUUAAAGCUUGGACAAAUUGGCAAUUAAACUACAAUUGGCAGUGUUGGGGCACUUUCUUUUAAAACGCAUGAAUUGGAUUUAUAUUUACUUUAAACAUAUUUCAGUCAUUUACGACCAGUUUUAAUGACUGAACUGCUAGAUGUUUUCCUUUACAUCUUAAGCUAAAUCAGUUCUGUAUCCCCUUCACAAGACAAGAGAUGAGUUGCUUCUGUGCUACCCCAGAGGAGUUUUACUGUGAAGUUCUUCUGUUGGAUGAAACCAAAUUGAUUUUAACCACACAACAACAAGGGAUAAAGGAGUCUACCAAGGGCUCGGUAGUGCUGGACUGGGUCUUCGGUCAUGUGAACCUGGUGGAGACCGACUACUUCGGAUUACGCUACUGCGACCACAGCCACCAGACGUAUUGGCUCGACCCGACGAAAACCCUCUCGGAACACAAAGAUCUCAUAACAACAGGGCCGCCAUACACGCUCUACUUUGGAGUCAAGUUUUACGCUGAGGAUCCGUGUAAACUCAAAGAAGAAAUAACAAGGUACCAGUUCUUCCUGCAAGUGAAGCAGGAUGUUUUGCAGGGCAGAGUUCCCUGUCCCCUCGACACCAGUGCCAAACUGGCAGCCCUGGCCAUUCAGUCCGAGCUUGGAGAUUUUGACCCGUACAAGCAUGUGGCCGGUUACGUGUCGGAGUAUCGCUUCGUUCCUGACCAGAAGGAGGACCUGGAGGACACGGUGACGCAGAUCCACAAAACUGUAACGGGUCAGGUUCCCUCCGAGGCCGAAGUCAAUUAUUUAGGAAUCGCCAAAACCCUGGAGAUGUACGGCGUCGACCUUCACCCCGUGUUUGGGGAGAACCAUUCCGAAUACUUUCUCGGGUUGACACCUACCGGCGUUGUCGUGUACAAGAACAAAACUCAAGUCGGAAAGUAUUUCUGGCCAAGAAUCACAAAAGUACAUUUCAAGGAAACACAAUUUGAGCUUCGAGUCGUCGGAAAAGAUUGCACAGAAACAUCCUUCUUCUUUGAGGCUCCCAACAAGACAGCCUGCAAACACUUGUGGAAGUGCUGCGUCGAACACCACACCUUCUUCAGAAUGCCAGAAAAUGAUGCCAACACAUUGACAAGAAAACUGUCCAAGUUUGGUUCAAUAGGAUCAAAACACCGUUACAGUGGAAAGACGGCCAUGCAGAUGGGGAGGGAUGCGUCUAUCACCCUUCCCCGGCCAGACCUGCAGGUGGUCAGGACCCGCAGUAAGACCUACCCCAAGAGACCGGCACAGUCCACAGGUUUAAACAACGGCACCCAGUCCAACGCCAAGACGGAAAACCCCGAAAAAGAAGCAAUGCCGAAGAUUACAGCUCCUUCUCCUGUGAAGAGUUCCAAAGCGACCAAGGCGGAGAACAGCCCGGAGCACCAACAGGGGAAGCCCAGUGCACCAUGGGAAGAGAACGCGCCGCAGAGUGGACUUUUCAACACGGCGAACGAGCGGACCAAGUCGCCCAAAUUCCCCACAGCCCGCGGGCGCACCCCUUCGGGCGGGAGCGAGAACGAGACGUCCCAGUCGGCACGUCGCAGGAAGGGCCAGGCCAACGAGGAGCCACAGACCAAACAACAUCGACGACGGUCACGCUCCCGUGGCAACACGAGCAGUGGAAGUGAAUCCGAGAAUUCCACCCGGGAGCAUCGUAAAAAGAGGAACCGGUCUCGUCAGGAGAAUGAGAUGGUGGACUCGGGUCCGCAGUGGGAGGCGGUCCUCCUCCGUCAGAAGGAGCGGGCCCAGAACGACCCUGCCCACCGCCGCUCACGACACCGCUCACGAUCGCGGAGUCCAGAUGUCCAGGCUAAAGAACAGCUGUGGAAACACAUCCAGAAGGAGCUGGUUGAUCCAUCUGGCCUAUCCGAAGAACAGCUGAAGGAGAUACCCUAUAAGAAAGUAGAAACCCAAGGGGAUCCCAUCAAAAUCCGCCACUCUCACUCGCCGCGGAGCUUCCGCCAGUACCGGCGCUCCCAGUGUUCCGACGGGGAGAGAUCGGUUCUCUCAGAGAUCAACUCUCGGACAGACCUGGUCCCUCCUUUAGCCGUCACUCAUAACGCUGGUGUUCCCGGAUCAAGCUCCACCCCUUCCCAGAAGAAGCACGGCUCCAAAGACAAGCUGUCCGAGAUCAGCGAGGUGGAGGUGAAGAGCGGCGUCAAGGUCGUGAAGACGAGCCAAGCUCCCAGGACCAAGACCGAGACGUGACCACUGGCCGGACCUCACUGAGGAGCGGCCAUCUCUCACCUCCCAACGUGUCAAACAUAAACCCCUGGAUGUUUUUGGAGGGAAAGAACUGAAGGUGAAACGCUAUGGGACGUCUAGCGUAUACUGGCUAACCCUGUGCCCCCCCCUCUGUGAAGUGCAGUGCCCCUGUGUGUUUGUAUAAUAUGGUAGUGCAUAGACAACCUUGAAGAGGAAGACCUGGACACUGGAUGUCUUGUCAUUCUGGCGACGAAGUGUCUUCACAACAGGAUGGCGUUGGAAAGCAGGCUCUGCCGGGUGGAGAUGUAGCGUAAUGUGUACAGGGGCAAACGCAAAGUUAGCCUAAAGUUGUUUACAAUUGUUUUUUUUUCCAGUCACCUGUUCACGCACCUCAUGCAUCGAGAGUCACCGUGUCUUGAAGAUAAAAGUCUUCUGUUGUUUUCCGUCACGCUGAUGCUCACAUGAAGGAUAACGGUCCGUUUAGCAAACACUGCACAGUGAGGACCAAGUGUCAUGUCUCACAUCAGGGUUCCCACCGUCUUGGAAAAUGUGGAAAAGCGAGGGGAAUUUUAAAGCGGCGACGACCAGGCCUGGGGAAAAAGUCGCGAAUGUCACUCUCAAAUCUGUGGACAUUUCUAAAACCAUACUUCCUUUUCACGCGUAGGCCAAUUAUCUGUGGUAACGUGGGAACCCUGUCCUAUGCACCCACCCCUCCCAAGUUGAGUUGGCCCGUCUUGUCAUUCAGUAUUAAAGCUAAGGAUUUUGGCUGAAGCUCAUCUCUGAGUGGACACUGAGUUCAUUAGUUGUUGUCAGGUGUUUACUGUACAUGUAAUCUCUCUACUGUAGGAAAUGUUGCUGCUGGAACCCAACUUUUUUUUUGCACAUAAACACUGUAAUGGUCUCUCUGUCUUUUUCUGCAGUUUAAGAAUAAAUUAUAGAUACUCUAGCUAACACUGUAUGGUAAAUAAACUGGAAUUUCAAUUAUUGUCAAUAAAUGCAUUCAAUAUGUCUUAAAUGUUC